UGGCUAGUAACAACACAUCACAGUUGCCUUCAAUAAUUAGCUCUCUUCCUUCUUGGUAUUGAACAACAAUGGAUAAGAUCCAACACAAGUAUGUUGAUGCAAGAGGUCUUAAGCUUCACAUAGCUGAAAUUGGAACAGGUGAUCAAGUGGUGUUUUUCUUACAUGGAUUUCCUGAAAUUUGGUAUUCUUGGAGAUACCAAAUGAUUGCAGUAGAAAACGCAGGAUAUCGAGCAAUUGCGCCUGAUGUUCGAGGCUAUGGGUUAUCGGAAAUUCCCCAAGAACCUGAAAAAUCUACCUUCCUUGAACUUGUCCAUGAUCUAGCCGCUAUCUUUGAUUCCUUGGCCAUCUCAAAGGCUUUUGUAAUUGGGAAAGAUUUUGGAGCUUUGACAGCUUAUCAGUUUGCAAUUUUACACCCUGAGAAAGUGAUCGGACUUGUUACAUGCGGGAUUCCGUAUAUGCCUCCGGGUGGUAUUGACCAAUUACUCAGUUUGGUACCCGAAGGUUUCUACAUUUCAAGGUGGAAGGAGCCUGCGGGAAGAGCUGAAGCAGAUUUCGGACGUCUUGAAGUUAAGAAUGUAGUACGAAACAUUUACGUGCUCUUUUCUAAGAGUGAAUUACCUAUAUCAGGGGAAGAUAAAGAAAUCAUGGACUUGGUAGAUGAGUCUCAUCCUCUCCCAUCCUGGUUCACCGAAGAAGAUCUCUUUGCUUAUGCUGCUCUUUAUGAGAAAUCUGGUUUUCGUACUGCGUUGCAAGUUCCAUACAGGUCACUUGCAGAAAGCUUUCCUAUAAGCAAUCCGAUUGUAAAGACUCCAGCGCUGCUGAUCAUGGGUGGGAAAGACUACGUUCUGAAACUUCCUGGAAUGGAAGAGUAUAUAACAAGCGGCGGAGUGAAGGAACAUGUACCUGAUCUGGAGAUCAAGUUUUUACCAGAAGGAAGUCAUUUCGUCCAGGAGCAAGACCCAGACGAGGUGAACGAGCUCAUCAUCACCUUCCUUAAAAAAUACGUAUGAUCUGGAUGAGGUGAAGUCCCAAUCUUCAUGAGCUUCUGCAAAUGUGCAUUCAUCAGUAUGCUACGCCUCGUUUUUUUAGUUAAUGUGUAAUAAGUAAUUAUAUCGAAUGCAAGUGACUUGGUGAAAUUCGUCAGUGGAGUCAUGGGGUUUGUUUGUAAUGGUUUAUGCAUCUAGGAAGGUAUAAGUGUACUGAGAUUCAACUCUAAGAAACUUUAACUAGUCUUUGCUUUCUGGUAUCAAAUUUAUAGGAUGAGAAAUGUGCCUGAAAUUGAAAAGACAUGCACAAACUGGUUUCAGUUUAAUUUGCAAUAUCAAAAACCAACAUUUUUGAGUUGAA